GGCGGCAGCGGGGGAACCAGGGCGGCGGCGGCUGCGGCGGCUGCAGGAUGGUCAUGGCGCAUUUCGUGGACAGCUUCUGGGGGGAAAGGAACAGUGGCUUUGAUGUUCUUUACCAUAACAUGAAACACGGACAGAUAUCAACAAAAGAACUAGCAGAUUUUGUAAGAGAAAGGGCUACAAUAGAGGAGACCUACUCAAGGUCAAUGACAAAACUAGCUAAAUCAGCAAGUAAUUAUACACAACUUGGAACAUUUGCACCAGUGUGGGACGUCUUCAAAACGUCAACGGAGAAAUUAGCAAGCUGCCAUUUGGAGCUUGUUCGAAAAUUGCAAGAACUCAUAAAAGAAGUCCAAAAGUAUGGAGAUGAGCAAGUAAAAUCUCAUAAAAAGACUAAAGAAGAAGUUGCAGGGACUCUGGAAGCUGUGCAAAGCAUCCAGACCAUAACUCAGGCUCUUCAGAAAUCCAAGGAAAAUUACAACGCCAGGUGUGUAGAACAGGAACGUUUGAAAAAGGAAGGAGCUACCCAGAGAGAAAUAGAAAAGGCCGGAGUAAAAUCAAAAAAAGCAACAGAUGCCUAUAAACUCUAUGUGGAAAAAUAUGCUUCGGCAAAAUCUGAUUUUGAACAAAAAAUGACAGAAACUGCACAGAAAUUUCAAGAUAUUGAAGAAACUCAUCUCAAACACAUUAAAGAAAUUAUUGAAUCUCUGUCCAAUGCUGUAAAGGAAAUUCAUUUACAAAUAGGCCAGGUCCAUGAAGAAUUUAUAAAUAAUAUGGCAAAUACCACAGUUGAAAGUUUAAUACAAAAAUUUGCUGAGUCAAAAGGCACUGGGAAGGAGAGACCUGGUCUUAUUGAAUUUGAAGAGUGCAACACCGCCAGCGCAGUUGAAGGAAUAAAACCAAGGAAAAGAAAAACUUUUGGUUUGCCAGGCAUAAUUAAGAAGGACAAAGAUGCAGAAUCUGUGGAAUGUCCAGAUGCAGAUUCAGUUAACAUUCCUGAUGUUGACGAGGAAGGGUAUAGCAUUAAACCAGAAGCAAAUCAGAAUGAUACCAAAGAGAACCAUUUCUACUCAAGCAGUGAUUCUGAUUCUGAAGAUGAAGAACCAAAGAAGUUCCGCAUCGAAAUCAAACCUAUGCAUCCAAACAACUCUCAUCAUAACAUGCCCUCUUUGGAUGAAUUAAAAGUAUCGAUAGGAAAUAUAACUCUUUCUCCGGCAAUAUCCAGGCACAGUCCGGUGCUAACGAACCGGAAUUCACCUAGUGAAGAAUUAACAAAAUCAAAGCUUUCUGCUCCAUCCAAUGAGAAGGGAAACAGUGACUUGCUGGCCUGGGAUCCACUCUUUGGACCAUCUCUUGAUUCAUCUUCCUCCACAUCAUUGACUUCAUCGUCAUCAGCACAAUCUGUCCCUUUUCAAAAAAGUUCUCUUUCUUCCUCUUGCCUCCUGUCUAAAGACUGCACAGCUCAUUUCACCUGCACCUCAGCCGCCCUUAAAGAGCAGAAUAGGAACUCCUCUUCCUCUCCCACUGAUUUGCCUGGGUGUAACAUAGCUGAAUCUUUUCUUGGAGACGAGUCAGAUUCCGAUCCUAGAAGCCCUUCGCCUGCCUUUUCUGCUAACUCAGUGUCCAGCCCUGAUGUCACCCCAGCAGCAUCAGAGAGCACGGCUAUGCUAUCCUUUGCUUCAUGGUCUCAAAGUCAGUGGAUUUCCUUUUCUGAUGAACUUGUAACCAUCAAGCACCCAGCCAGGCCCACGACACCUCUUUCAGUCGGCACCAUCGUUCCGCCCCCGAGGCCCGCGUCCAGACCAAAGCUGACAGCCGGCAAACUCAGCGGGAUUAACGAAAUACCCCGGCCUUUCAGCCCACCGGUGACGUCAAACGCCAGUCCUCCUCCUGCCGCCCCGCUAGCCCGUGCAGAGAGUACAUCCUCGAUAUCUUCCUCUGCUUCGCUGAGUGCAGCAAAUACACCCACCAUUGGUGUCUCGCGCGGCCCCAGCCCCGUGAGCCUCGGCAGUCAGGACACCUUACCCGUGGCCGUGGCCCUCACCGAAUCCGUCAACGCCUACUUUAAAGGGGCAGACCCGUCCAAGUGCAUUGUGAAAAUAACUGGUGACAUGACGGUGUCUUUUCCAAGCGGAAUCAUUAAAGUCUUCACCAGCAACCCAUCCCCGGCCGUACUUUGCUUCAGGCUAAAAAACACAAACAAACUGGAGCAGAUUCUCCCCAAUUCCCAACUUGUGCACAGUGAUCCAGCCCAGUGUGACUCCAGCACAAGAGAUUUUUGGAUGAACAUGGCGGCUGUCACGGUCUACCUCAAGAAGCUUUCUGAGCAGAAUCCAUCAGCUUCCUAUUAUAAUGUGGAUGUGCUCAAGUACCAGGUCACAUCCAACGGCAUCCAGUCGACCCCUCUGAACCUGGCGACCUACUGGAAGUGUAACGCGAGCACAACGGAUCUGCGCGUGGACUACAAGUACAACCCGGCGGCCGUGCCUGCCGCCAGCGUGCUGACCAACCUCCAGGUGGUGGUCCCCGUGGACGGAGGGGUCACCCACAUGCAGUCCCUCCCCCUGGCCCGAUGGAAUGCGGAACAGAUGAAAGCUUUUUGGACACUGUCCGGUGUUUCAGAAAAGUCCGAAAACGGGGGUUCGGGCUCUCUGCGGGCCAAGUUCGACCUGGCGGCGGGGCCCAGCAGGCCGACGACCCUGGCGGUGCAGUUCGUCAGCGAGGGCGGGACGCUCUCAGGCGUGGACAUGGAGCUCGGCGGCCCUGGCUACCGCCUGUCCCUGCUCAAGAAGCGCUUUGCCACUGGGCGCUACUUGGCAGACUGCUGACGGACCCGUGAGAGACCGGUGGAGGGAGGAGCUCGCGCACGCGAGAGAGAGAGAGGUCCUCCUGCAUAUUAUCUUGACCUUCCUUCAAACACUAUCGUCCCGUGUAGUAGAUGUCUUUUAAUCUUUGAACUAUUUUGGAGCUGACUACAGAACCUUAAAAAUGCACUUUCAAAGAAGGCAUUUGAAAGAAAUAGCACUGAAGCGAUCUUCAACACUGUCUGGAAAAGUUCCACUGCAAUAUUCAGGAAAACCAUUUACUCACCUCCCCCCGUUCGAUGAAGCUGACGUAGGCGGAAGAUCCAAGUGGGAACCGGUAGCUGGGUGGAGCAGCAGCAGCAGCUGUAGAGCCUGGGGGAGAACGAGCACAGAAGUCAGAGCCUGGCGGAGGCCACUGGGAGAAGAGGCCGCGUUCGGCCUCGGCUCCCCUGCCCGCUCCACUCUGUCCCCUGUCCUCCGUGCGCUGGGACACGGUCAGUUCGCAGGGCGGAAGGAGCGGCUGGCAUCACGAGAGGGAUGACUUGGUUCCCCCUCCCACCCCGUGACCCACAUUAGUUACAGUAAGGGUAAAUGGGGUUAUGGAAACAUGAUUUUAAAAUCCUCAAGUGCAAUGUGUUUAAAAAUAAGCUGGCAAAGGACAGCAGAGAGACUUGCUUCUGCAGUGAACUUUAUGGAAGUUGUAAUUGUUUUGAUGAAUUGAUGCUGUAGAUUUAAUUUAUUUUUAUAUGGAAUGCAUAACGUGUGCCUUUUUUAAAACCCGUGCCUGUCCCAUUUUGUGUUCAUUGAAUGUGCCUCACUUCCUCUUUCCAAGCCCUGUCUGAGCAGCCAGCGGGAGCCAGGGUAGGGAGGCGGCUGAUACAGUCACGGAGGAGACUUCCUGGGGGGGUUUACAAUUCCAGACCCUUCAGAGACACAGAAGCCACCAUACUCACGGACUUCAGCAGGCAGCUUGGGGAAAUGAUCCCAGGCGCGUGGCAGCGGGGGCUUCGUCCACCUCCUGGGGUCUGCCAGCGAGGCGGCAGGAGCGUCUUGCACACCGUCCGGGCCCAGCGCGCGGAACCGGCUGAGGAAGCCGUUUGGGCGGGUGCAGCUGCAGGCCACAGGACUGAAGUCGGGGAAGUAGUUUGGAGUGGCAUGGUGGUAACAAUGCUCACAGCAAGUUACCAACUUUAGAAACUCACUCCGACCCAUGCUGGGGCGAAACGAGUCCUGAUCGAAUGCAAAAAUCAGAGGUUGGCAGGCAAAAAUCAUACAGCAGCCUGCAUGGGCGAGUUUCCGCUCGAAGGUAAGACAGCGGUCAUUAUUCUGGGUGUAAUGAUUCGUACGAAACCACUAAUGAGACUGGUUUUCUACGCUCUAGAAAAAUGAAGGCCCUUGCCUUUCAGCCCUUCUUAGGUAAACCGUUCAGAUAGUCCACUCAACACACACACACACAAAAAAAAUCACCAUUGAGCACUGUCUAGUACUGGAUCUGCUCUUUUUCAGUGUACCGAGUUAUAUCGGACUGGAGCAAUACAUAGGACUUAACUUACAGUCUUUACCGUAUGGUAAGCAUUAACUCUAGAAUUUCUAACAUAUUGUACUCUUUUAAAGGCCAAUUACAGUCUCUUACUGGCAUCUUAACGGUAAUCUGCUUUGCAAUCAAACUGUUGAAUCUGGCAGGUGAUAUUUUAUUAUAUGGGGCUCCAGACGCCAUUGUUCUUGCUCUGUCGUUUAACCGAGUAUCACGUAAACCUUCGUAAACUUUCUCAAUUAGCGACAUGGUUAAGUUUCAGCACUUUUGAAACGGCAGCGGGCCUUCAUUCUGAGUGUUGAUGAAUAAUCUGUAAUGGGUGCAGAUUCCAAUUCUGAAGCCAUACAAGUUUAUAGAGCUCUUUUCCUAAGCGAAUCCAGAAACGGUGCAAAGAAACUAGUAGACAUUCAAUGAUUAAAUGUAUUAGCAAGCUGGUUCUUGCUUAUGUAUACACAGUGAUAGGUUUUGUAGCUGCCUCUUAACCAAGAAUUUGUAUGUGCAGAACUCUAACAAAUCUGAGUUUUUAUGGAUUGUAAACAAUACAAAUUUAUCUUACAAAAAUUUGUACAUAUUUUUGAUUUUUUUUUUCAUAAAAUGUAAAUUUUACAUAAGCUGCACCCUUAAUAAACAUGUAAUAUAUAAUU